AAAAGAUACUCUGUAUUCCUUUCUAAUCCUCAUUCAUACGUAAUAUAGGGACAAGUUAGCAUAUUGCUUAGUCUUUUACCGAUUCCUGCUCCUGCUGAAACAAUAGCGGAAAAAUGGACUGCUGGUGUUGAAUUGUCAUUUGCGAAUUCUGGCAGCCGUCAAACAUUCCCAGCAAAUGAGGAAGAGAACUUUGAAAAUACCCCUGAGAUUUUAGUUGGUACGAAGUGGACGGGAAUAUGGAUAACAUGGGGUGGUGGUUUUAUUUCCGUGGGGAUCGAGGGAUCGCUGAAGCCUAUACUUAUCCAGGAAUAUAAAAAGAAACGUGGGAUCACGAGCUUGUAUCCAGAUACGUUCCUGUAUUAUGGACUUCGAGGGACAAAUGUUUUGUGCAGCACCACCUUUUGUCACGAUCAUUGCGAGACGUAUACGACUUUUGGCAUUGAUUUCUCGCAAGUUUGGGCCAUGCAGAAAAGUAACGAUACAAUCGAUGUACGAUUUUUCGUUCGUGCAGGUCAAAACAUACAAAUACGUUUCUAUCAAACACCUUCGAUGGAGUAUCCUUCUGUUAUG